AUGGCUGACAUGUCUUUAGAUGCUCCUAACGCAAGUCAAAGCUCUAAACACUGCCAAAGAACUUUUAAAUACGGCUCAACUGUUCCCUCGAGCCAUGUAGUUCUAAAAGCGAGUCGCCAAACGCUUGGUCAGGAUUUUUUCCUUGACCAAACCUCUAGUAGCUCGCCUAUAACAUCUACUGGUUUGAAUGAACAGCUGAGCCGCAUCUUAAAAUCCUCUGCCAACAUUUAG